AGAAGUACAGCAACAUGGCGUCAGCUGUCACAGUGUUUAUGUUGUCAUGUUUGUCCAACGUAUUAUUUAUUUUGGAAGCAGUGGACAACGAUUUCCUGAGUACGUUAGGCGCAUGCUACAAACCUAUCCGGGACGGUAGACCUACAUCUGUCAAGACAUAUCCCCGACCACAUGAAUACCUUGAUGUGUCUGAGCUACCAGCAGUUUGGGACUGGAGAAACAUUGAGGGGAAAAACUAUGCCAGCAUCACGAGGAACCAACACAUUCCACAGUACUGCGGCUCGUGCUGGGCCAUGGGAUCUAGCAGUGCAAUUGCCGACCGUAUCAACAUCAAGCGUGGUGGUACGUGGCCAUCAGCCUAUCUGUCUGUCCAGAACGUGAUAGACUGUGGCCAUGCUGGGUCCUGCUACGGAGGAGACCACACAGGGGUGUACCAAUACGCUCACCAGAAGGGCAUCCCCGACGAGACAUGCAACAACUAUCAGGCUAAGAACCAAAAGUGUGAGCUGUUCAACCAGUGUGGGACGUGUUCCUCUGAUGCGUGUGCUGUGGUGCAGAACUACACCCUGUGGAAGGUAGGAGACUACGGGGAGGUGUCAGGACGAAACCAGAUGAAGGCUGAGAUAUACACCAACGGGCCAAUCAGCUGCGGUGUGAUGGCUACGAAGGGCCUGGAGGCGUAUCGUGGUGGUGUGUUUGCCGAGUUCCACCCCUUGUCUCUAAUGAACCAUAUCAUCUCAGUAGCAGGCUGGGGGGUGGCGGAGGACGGGACAGAGUACUGGGUGGUCCGCAACUCCUGGGGAGAACCUUGGGGAGAGUACGGCUGGGCGAGGAUCGUAACCAGUGCUUAUAAAGGAGGGAAAGGUAACUGGUACAACCUGGCCAUAGAGAAGAGCUGUGCUUACGGAGACCCCAUCGUUACGUAGAGGACAAGAGGAAACAAUCAUAACCAUAACCAUCAGCCGACUGACCUGAUCACUGAAUAUUAAUACUGGAGAAUACCGUCUUAGAGUCAAGAUGCUGAUCUAGGAUCAGUUUAGCCUAUUAGAUUGUAGUGAAUAAGAACUUCAUGGACAGAGAGGGUCUGAUCCGAGAUCAGCACUCCUACUGUGAGACGCUUUGUGAAUAUAGGACCUGGACGCUACCUCGUCCUUCAUUCGUAGCGCCUCUCCUCCUCUCCUACCUCCUUCUCUCCUCCUCACCUACCUCCUCUCUCCUCCUCUCCUACCUCCGCUCUCCUCCUCCUCUCCCAACUCCUCUCUCCUGCUCUCUCCUCCUCUCCCAACUCCU